CAUUCUUAAGUUUGUUGAAAGAUGUUGGGCUUCGGAAGGUUCGGAUUUUGUUGGAUUGAUUGAUUGGAAAGUGCAGUGCAUAACAAACAGCACUUCCUUCUUCUUCUCCUUCUCGUCAUCAUACAACAUAUAACCUUUUAUCACAAUCAUGUCUUUAUCAAACAAACUCGCCAUCACUGAUGUGGACGUAAAGGACAAGAAAGUCUUGAUCCGUGUUGACUUCAACGUUCCUAUGGACGGUGAAAAGAUCACUAACCCACAACGUAUUCAAGCUGCUUUGCCAACAAUCAAAUAUGCGAUUGAUAAUGGAGCCAAAGCAAUCAUCUUGAUGUCUCAUUUAGGUCGCCCAGACGGUCAAAAGGUAUCCAAAUACUCUUUGAAACCAGUUGCAAGUAAAUUAUCCGAACUAUUAGGUGGAAAAAAAGUUGAUUUCUUAAACGAUUGUGUUGGUUCAGAAGUUGUUGAAUCCGUUCAAAAAGCAUCAAACGGUCAAAUUAUUUUACUUGAAAAUUUACGUUUCCACGUUGAAGAAGAAGGAAAAGGUAAAGACGCUUCAGGUGAAAAAGUUAAAGCUGAAAAAGCAAACGUAGACAAAUUCCGUGCUGAAUUGACCAAAUUGGCAGAUGUUUAUGUUAAUGAUGCUUUCGGAACUGCUCAUCGUGCCCAUAGCUCAAUGGUUGGUGUCGAUUUGCCUCAACGUGCAAGUGGUUUCUUGAUGAAGAAAGAAUUGGAAUACUUUGCCAAAGUACUUGAAAACCCAGAAAGACCAUUUUUGGCCAUUUUGGGAGGUGCAAAAGUUACAGACAAAAUUCAAUUGAUCGAAAAUAUGCUCGACAAGGUAAACAAAUUGAUCAUUGCAGGUGGAAUGGCAUUUACAUUCAAGAAGACAAUCGAUAACGUCAAAAUCGGUAACUCUUUGUUCGAUGAAGAAGGUAGCAAAAAAGCUGCUGCUCUUCUAGAAAAGGCAAAGAAGAACAACGUGGAAAUUGUCUUCCCUGUCGAUUACGUCACUGCUGAUAAAUUUGACAAAGAUGCCAAGGUUGGUCAAGCUGAUGAUCAAUCCGGUAUUCCAGAUGGCUGGAUGGGUUUGGAUGCCGGACCAAAAAGUCAAAAGUUGUUUGCAGACGCAAUCAAGAGUUCAAAAACAAUUCUUUGGAACGGUCCUGCAGGAGUUUUUGAAUUUGAAAAUUUUGCAAACGGAUCAAAAGCAAUGUUAGAAGCAUGCGUUGAAGCAGAAAAGAAUGGUUCAACAGUUAUCGUUGGAGGUGGUGAUACGGCAACAGUUGUUGCUAAAUAUGGCAAAGAAGAUGCUUUGAGUCAUGUUAGCACAGGUGGUGGUGCAAGUUUGGAAUUGCUCGAAGGUAAAGAAUUGCCAGGUGUUAGCGCAUUGAGCGACAAAUAAAAAGAAAAGG